CAAAAAGCGGAAACAAAAGAAACCAGACAGUUUUACAACACACCCUUGGAGCGCAGUGGUUGCUUUGUUUCAUAAUAAGAACGAAGAAAUUUAUUAUAUCGUUUAGAAAGCGUCUGGAGUGUGUCCACGUUAUGGCUUUGAAAAGAAUACAGAAGGAGUUACAUGACUUGCAACGGGAUCCUCCUGCACAGUGUUCAGCCGGACCGGUUGGAGAAGACUUGUUCCAUUGGCAAGCGACAAUAAUGGGGCCUAGUGACAGUCCAUACCAAGGAGGGGUUUUUUUUCUCACAAUCCACUUUCCUACAGACUAUCCCUUCAAACCACCAAAGGUAGCAUUCACAACAAAAAUAUAUCAUCCAAACAUAAACAGUAAUGGGAGUAUUUGUCUAGACAUCCUGAGAUCCCAGUGGUCACCAGCACUAACAGUGUCAAAAGUUCUGUUAUCCAUAUGUUCACUGCUUUGUGACCCAAACCCUGAUGACCCCUUAGUUCCAGAUAUAGCACAUAUCUACAAAUCGGACAAAGAAAAGUACAACAGACUAGCAAGAGAAUGGACCCAAAAGUAUGCAAUGUAAAACACUGUAAAUUCUAUAGAAAAUUAACUUAGGUGAUAUUAUCGAAUUCACUGUACUAAUGACAUCAUCAGAACUGAUAGAACUUUUCCAAGGAGAAACUGAAUUCAGAAGUUAUAACGGUUUAACUGAUUUUUUUUUUUUUUGCAUUUCAGUCUAUUUUCUUUGAUAAUAGGGUGGCACAUUUUACUUUCUCUUUGCUGUAAAUUCCAUAUGAUUCAAAGUAUUAAGCAGUUUUGUUGCUGCUCUCACUCAUGGUUUAAAAAAAAAAAAGUCCUGCCCCCCCCCCCCCAAAAUCAUCACAGGUACAGUUUAUUUUUCUUUAGAGAUUUUAUUGUAUAGUCCGAAUUAUACUGAAUCUAUUUUUAUCAUUUUGCAUUAAAAGUGAAAAAAGACACUUAAGUGUUGUGAUGUAGUGUUUACCAGUAGCAGUCUUACUCCACAGUUAAUGAUGUUUUCUACAUAUUUCCUUGUUUUAAUAUUUAGUUUAACACAUUUGCAUAGUGGAAGCCAAGCUUUAAAAUUACCUUUGAGUUUUAGUCCACAGGACAAGACUUCUCAGUUACAUUCUGUUACUUUCAUUAACAACAUGCCCAGUCAGGAUUGUGGCAGUACAGAACCAGUCCUGAAAGCACAGUUAGUUAGGGUACAACCUGGGUGGGACACCAGUCCAUCGCAGGGUAUCCAGUCACACUACUGCAGUCCCCAUUUUAUGUUAAAUGCAUACUUUGGAACUCUGGAAGGAAAUCGGAGCACUUGGAGAAAAGCAACACAGACAACAUGCAAACUUCAUACAGACUAAGCUAGACCAAUACUAGAACAGCUAAGGUAUUGUGAGGAAGCAGUGCUACUGGCUGUGAUAUGAGUUAUAUGUAAAACCAGUAGUUUAAUCAUCAGAAAGUAAUUCUAACCCUAAGCAAAAAUCAUCAUAAAAUAUCAGAAAAAUUGAACACAGUAGUUAUAGUAAAUCAUUUAUACAAGGCUAAUCAGUUUUUUCCUGUAGGUUCCAAUUAUUUAUACAUAUAUAUUUUUAUAACAUCAGUGUCUGUAAGUGUUUCAGGUACCUUUCAUUUAUACCUGACAUGUUUGGUGUGGUUAAGUUCUGUGUAAAUAAUUAGUUGAGUCAAACUUAUGAGAUAUUUUUAAAUGGAAAUGCAUUUGGUGCCUCCGAGAUUGUGCUUUACUUACAUAUAGAAUCAAAUUGUUACGGAUUCCUUUGUCCCUCGCUUUGGUUUGCUCUGAAUUUAUGCAGAUUGUCCUUUUGAGCCAGUAAAACCCUCAGUACGGAGAAGAAUGCAAUACAGCUCUCGUCCCAGUGAUUAACAGGAAAUACAACUACAGUUGGGUAAUUUCACCAAUUAAGUACAUGACUGCUGCAUUUUUGUUUUUUGAAAGAAAAGUAAAUACAUCCACAAUAAAUGAUUAGCUGGUUCAGAUGAAUGGGAUGGAAUGAAACCGAGCCUGUAAAUUGCCCUUCAUGUACUGAUUUUGUGAUCCCUGCUCUACUGUGUAUAAUAAUUGGAUUUUAUGUUGUUUAUGCUAUCAUUAAAUGUCUGGAAAACAUUUUCCCCUGUAAAAUUAAAAUAAUUUCAGAUAUAGACCUUCUCAGCCGUCUUUGAUUACCUGACUGUAAGUGGUUCUAGAGUUAGUUUGUUUCACAGCUCCCCUUAUCCUGUCAAUAUAACCACAAGGUGACACUAGGAACCCAGUUGCCCCAGUGAAAUAGUAAAGAUGGA